AUGGCAACCUUAGACACCAACGGUACUCUAUCUUCCACAUUCUAUCUCACAGGUAUCCCUGGCUAUGAAGAAUUUCACCACUGGAUUUCCAUCCCAUUCUGUCUCCUCUACCUUAUUGGAAUAACGGGUAACUGUACCAUCCUACACAUUGUCCGAACAGACCCCAGGCUCCAUGAGCCCAUGUACUACUUCCUGGGCAUGCUUUCCCUCACUGACAUGGGCAUGUCCCUGCCCACAAUGAUAUCACUCUUCAGGGUGCUGUGGUCCAUUUCCAGGGAGAUCCAGUUCAAUAUCUGCAUAGUCCAAAUGUUUUUCAUUCACAUUUUCUCCUUCACUGAAUCAUCUGUGCUCUUGGCCAUGGCCCUUGACCGGUACAUGGCCAUCUGCCACCCACUAAGAUAUGCUACCAUUCUCACCCCAAGACUUAUCACUAAAAUUGGAAUUGCAGCUCUACUGAGGAGUGCUUUUGCUAUGAUUCCACUUCUGGCGCGGCUGGCCUUCUUUCCCUUCUGCCACUCCCACACACUUUCUCAUUCCUAUUGUCUGCACCAGGACAUGAUACGCCUUGCCUGUGCUGACACCAAGUUUAACGUUAUAUAUGGCUUGGUUCUGAUCACUGUACUGUGGGGCAUGGACUCUCUGGGUAUUUUUGUGUCUUAUGUUUUCAUCCUUCACUCAGUAAUAGGAAUUGCAUCCCGUGAGGGGAGGCUUAAGGCCCUCAACACGUGUGCAUCUCACAUUUGUGCUGUCCUCAUUCUAUAUGUGCCUAUGAUUGGGCUGUCUAUUGUCCAUCGCUUUGCCAAACACUCCUCCCCGCUCAUCCACAUCUUCAUGGCUCAUGUCUACUUGUUGGUUCCACCUGUGCUCAAUCCAAUCAUCUAUAGUGCGAAGACCAAACAGAUUCGUCAAGGAGUGCUCCACCUGCUUCUACCCACAAAAAACAAUUCUACUGUGAGGUAG